GAGGCCUGGCGGUGGUUAGUCGAGAGAACAGCUUUAAACGCGAGCACAUGACUUCUAAAUAUUGGUCACCGGACGAAAAUAGCUUACAUAGCACGUGGGAACGCAUCUUUUUGAUUGUUCGUGGCAAGCGCUGUUGAGACGCUACGUCCCGUUCUUUGUCCUCGGUACCCUGUUUGAGCCCACUGAAAAUACUGCUAAGUUGAAACUCUUUACCACACUCCGAAAUGUCUGCUACAGAGGUCGUGGAUAAUGGUGCGGCCGUCUUCGACGAAGCUAACCACCCACCAACUUCGAAGCCAAAAGUCUUAUCGGAACGUACAGGGGACGAGGAUAAUCACUCCCUGAAUGAUGUAGAGGUCGAAAGGGAUCCAAUAAUCGAAUUUGACACGUCGGAAAUCCCACUGGAGAAACUUCAAGGUGAUGAAGAGAAGGUCUCUGCCAUGUCUGAGGACUCUGCUGCGGUCGAAGCGCCAACACACGGCUAUUCCCAACGCGACGAGGAAGAAAAUGAAGGAGCAGUGGCUAAGGACGAUGAAAUACCGUUGAAAGAUCCUACAGACCCGCUGGCCACCCUAGAAGCCUCCGACUCACCAUUGCAACUAUUUGAGUCUCCGAAUACAGCAUCACAUAACGAAUUCGAAGCUACUGAGCCUAAAUCUCAGACAGAAAAAAGCGGUGAUCGAGGGGUUGACUCUACUGGCACAAGAACUAUCGCUUCUGGAAUAGGUCGAGUCCAUGAAGGUGAAGAACCACAAUUGGAAGUCGAACAGGUUCCUCUUAUUCGGGAACCCGUUUUCCGCGAUGCAGACUCCGCGCUUGAGGCAGAAAUGCUCGCUCAGAAUCUGCCGGAAGACACCACGAAACCCAUAAACGGAAACCCAGUAAACUUAGAACCUGAUAGUCCGCUUCCCGGAGUAGCGGCGCUCCAAACGUCUUCGUCCGUGGACAGUGCUGCUUUGGUAGACGCUGCUGAAGAGACUGUUCUCGGCACAGGAGUCGCCGAGGAACGAGCCACCAAGUCAUCUUUCGCUGAAGGAGCGGAAGACCCAAUCUCAAACGUGCACGGAUCGAUUUCCGUGAUUCCCGAUACAGUGUCCGGUGAAGCUACCGGUGUAUCUCAUGUCAAUGUCCUUGCAGUAUCCACUUCUUCGGAGGAAACACCUAAUUCAGUUACUCCAGUUCUCACUGAUCCUAUUAUUAGAGGGGAAGAGUCUACUGUCGGAAACAUCGUUACGGAUGGUUCGAGCGGCGAGGUUCAAGUGCAUUCGACUGAGCGGAUUGAAUCCGAAAAACAUAUGCAUCUCGAUUCAAAUGUACGAGAGCAUGACCUUACUUCUCCUGCUGAACCAGCAGAAUCACAUUCAAAUGAGCUGGGCUCUUCUGCGGCCAUUCUGGUGGACGAAAAACCUGGAGCGGACAUUGUCCUCGGAUACCCAGAAGAUAAUGCGGAAGGAUCUCAUGCGAUUCCAGUGGAAGCCUUGACGAUCGUUUCUGCAGCAGCUUUGCAACACUCAGUGUCCUCUCCGCUGGUUGAGCCCACUCAGAUUGAGACUGGACAGCUCUCUUUAACUUUGGGAAACUCAGAGGACAUCCCUACGGGGCAAGCAGCGUCCGGGAAUCUCCACGACGAAUCUUCUCUGGAGGAAAUGCCGAUGAAUGUCAGUGAAGCUUUGGAGCCUUUGGUGGAACGAUCGAUUGGGGAUGCUGCUAUCGAGACUGAAAAUCCUUCGGAAUUAGAACAUGAAUCGGAGCUUAUUGUAACGGAUGAAGUUGCAGACAUGAAUGGCCAAUCCAAGUCAGAGAUUGUUCCUGCAUUGGAGGAGUCUUCUGUCAUUCCCGACAAAUUUUCCGAAACAGCCUAUGAGGUUGCUGGCGAAUCCGAAGCAAAGCUCAUAACAGAGUCGGACGUGCUGGGAGUGAUCCUGGCUACCGGGAAUGUCGACACAGUUUCUGCUGAUCCAAAUGCUGAAACAACACCCCCCAUAUCCGGUGAAGAAGCUUCAUCAGUUGAAUUGGAAAAGCAACUGGCAGAGAAUGUAGGAACUCCAAACGAAGUUAUCCUGAGUGACGGGGAGAAAUUGGCAGCGAAUAAUGAAAACACGAAUACGUCUUCAGUGGAGGAAGUACCUUUCGCAAGGGAUGAAGACGUUGGACCCUUAUUAGAAGGACACCCUUCCUGGAUAAACGAAAACCUCGCUACCAAGGACGAAUCGAAUAAACCAGAGUCGGUCCUAGACACUCAGCAAUUGGAUGUCAAGCCGGACGAAAAGGAGCCUGAUAUCGGAUUUGACCAUAACCUAGACGUCGCUGAAACUGUCGUAGACUCCGCAGCUUCCGCGACGCAAAUUCUCGAAACCGGGACUGAACAACACCUCAUGACGGAAACAGGUGGGAUAAUGCUUACGAACGAGGACGCUGACUCUGCGGCGGUCGCUGAUGUUGUGGUCGCGCCCGCUUCAGGGGGGGCCGGGGGCGAAGGAGCUCAAGUGUUUUCAGGACUGGUGGAGGAAUCGAGCCCUAGCGACACUACCGUCGAAGGAACUAUAGCUGAUGAUAAAGCUUUACUAAAAGGGGAAAGCAUUGCAAAUUUACCUCAGGACGAACCAGUCGAUCUGUUUAGGGAAAAUUCAAGCGCCUUAGUGGAGGAAUCUUCAAACGCUGAUCCAGCAACAUCCCUUACCGGAUCAGUUGUCAAGGAUCAUUCAACAGACACUGUUGUUCAGUUUUUGUCGUCGGGAGAGGCCGUUUCAGACGCUUCUAUUAAUCAGUCUACUGAGAUGGAAGAACAACCCGUUUUGGAGCCGCAAAAUCAAGCCAAUCAAUGCUCAGAAGUUCCUCAAGACGAGGCCGCUGACGAUAGUGAUGAUCCCACUAACGAAGCGGUUCCAGCAGCUGCACCUGAAGCGCCAUUCGCAGAGGACAUUGUUCCUGCAGUCACGGACACUGCUGACUCACAGGAUGAAUUUUCUUCUGAUACCCUUGGUUUGGAAAAGCCAUCACUGGAUCAGGAAAUCCAAUUGACAGAGCUGACGACACCUUAUGAAUCGGCGCAGAUCGACGUCGAAAAAUUGGUGGAAGUCAUGCCCGAUUCUCCUAAUGUUGGGACUGCCACUGAAGAUAGCUCCGACCUCCGCGUUGACGUUGCUGAAGUCGGAAGACCAGAAUCACCAUGGACUCCAUCCUAUAGUGUCAGCAACCAAGGUCCUGACGUGACUAGGGAAGAAGACAUAUCCGAAAUCGAGCAGCUUCCCAUAUCUGAUGUGGCCACCAGCGCAGAAUCAUCCGUGCCAAUGGUAAAUAUUGUACCGGAGGAAUCUGAGUCCACAGCAAAAAUUUUACCAGAAGAAUCUGAGCCCACAGCUGCAAACCCUGAAGAAAGGAAGGAACCGUCCAGACCUUCUUCGCCUUGGGUCCCCUCAUACGCUGUGUCUGUACAAGGAAGCCCUUCUCUCUCUGCUCAUAAUAGCCCAAUAACUUCAGGCCUAGAUUUUCCCAACAAAGAGUCUCCUGCUCACCCGGCAGAAUCGUCCAUCGACGAGCUGGUACCAGGAACGGAGGAACUCCCUCCAAAGUUGGACAUUGAGAUUGCGCCUUCUUUGUACCAAGAUGUACCCGAAAUUAACAUAGCGAUACCGUCCGCCGGUUUUGAUCAGCCACCUGAAGUUCCUUCCGAGUUGCAUUUAGAAACAACCGAGAACCUCCAAGAACCUGUUAGCAUGAUCAUAUCCGACGAAGAAGUGCCCGUUGCAGACUUCUCUCUCCAGGGGAAGCUUGACACUGAGGAUGUUCCAGCGAGUGUCGUUAUUGAAGAUGGGGAGGGGACAUACAAAAACGAAGACACUACAGAACCUGCAGAGGUCGUGAACGCCGUUGGGGCUGAAGAAAUCCAUAGCGAAGUUGGUGCUGAGGAUUCAUUGUAUCCAAGCGCCAAUACCACUGAAAUCGACAGGCCAAAAUCGCCAUGGACUCCAUCGUACAGUGUCAUCAGCCAGGGUCCUGAUAUGGCCAGAGAAGAAGACAUACCAGAAAUCCAGCAACUUCCUUCAUCUAAUGUGCCCGCUGGUCAGGAACUCCCCGUGCCAGAAGUCAACAUUAUACCGGAAGUUUCUGAAGCUACAGUUGCAAACCUUGAAGAACCAAAGGAAUCAUCUAGACCGUCGUCACCUUGGGUUCCAUCGUAUUCCGUGUCUGUACAAGGAAGUCCUUCUGUUUCUGCCCACUCCAGCCCUGUACUGGCCGCCACUGAACUCUCCGAGAAUGUGAUACCUGUGAUUGAGCUAUCAGAAGAAUCCGCCGAGCCUGCAUCUCCAGUAUCUGCCGAAGUUUCUGCACUCAAUAAUGCCGCUGAGUCGAUAGAGGAACCUGGCCUUGAAGUUGACUCUCUUCCUAGCAAACCGCCUGUCGACUCUGUGAUCCAUGAUGAAAACUCUGUAAUCCCAUCUGUGAAUAUUACUGAAACAUCAUCGGAAAGUUCUUUAGAUAUACCUCUGGAAUCAACUGAGGCUGACAUUGCCGAAAAGCCCAUGCAAGAUCAGACGGUCAACACGGUGUCGUCGGUCGAACAGCCAUUGGUUGUUAAUGAAAUGCUGGAUCAAUCUGGGGACGAGCGUGAUAGCAAGCAGGAGAUAGACACGCCGGUUUUCAAGGUACCUGAUGAAGAAGCGAUUGUCGACCUUUCAGCCAAACCCUACAAGGACGUGCAGAUUCCUGGAGCUCUUUCUCUUUCUCCAUCUCAGUCAGUUGUUGCGGCUCAAAUAGAGAGGCCCAAAUCACCGUGGGGUUCAUAUGAGGUCACGAACCAGUCGGGUCACGAAACUUCCGUGGCAGAGAUGGCAGAUCCCGAGGCUGUCGAAGCUGUUGAAGAUAUCCCCGCUCCGACUUCCUUUAUCAGGGAUGAGCCGGUAGUUGAACCCGCAGACGAGCCUACUCUCAAGGACGUAUCUACCGAAGAUGCUCCUGCAGCUGAAGUCUCCAAGUUAACUGUUGACACUACCGAGAACGAUCUCCCGGAAAGACCUAAAUCCCCGUGGACCCCGUCUUACUCGGUGUCUAGGCAAGGAUCCCAGGUAUUCAAUGAGGCUAGGAAUGAUGCUGAACUCGACACAUUGGAACAACCACCUCCUCACGCUGAAAGCUCAACAGAUGCCCCCGUUACCUUGGGGGAGCCAAGUGUCUCUGGUGUAAUUGAAGAAUCUGUUUCUGCCCCCUCUGGGGAGACAUUCCCAGUCUUAUCAGUAUCUGGGGAUAUAGAUCGUGACACUGUCGGAGAUACUCUUGCAGCUCCCAAAGAUCGUAAGCGACUCGAAUCCACCACAUCGUCCUUGUUCUUCCCAGGCGGGUGGUUCUCCAAACCUCCUACAGGUCGAACCUCUCUUGAUAAUGCCCAAGGGGUGAUCACUUCUCCCAAAGCUGUAUCCCCAGUUGAAGGACGUUCCUCUGUCGAGUUGCUUGGUGGUUCUUCCGCUCCAGUCUCAGCGACUGCCGACAUCACUAACGAGGGACCCGAUGAAGAUAAGGAGAAGAAGGGGAAGUGGUGUGUCAUAAUGUGAAGACACAAGCUAAUGUUUCAUUUACAAUACUCUAAAUUUAUGACUUUGGCUGUCGCACCGUAUGUCCAUCAGUAUUC